AUGCCAUUGUUGGGAAACGCGACCAUAAAAGCUGAGCUUGGACGUAGUAGUUGGAAGUUAUUACAUACAAUGAUGGCAAGAUUUCCUGAACAUCCUACAGAAGAUCACAAGCAAGCAUUAAGAAGUUUUAUUUAUUUAUUUGGUAGAUUAUAUCCUUGUGGUGAAUGUGCCACAGAGUUUCAAGAAAUUCUUAGUAAAUAUCCUCCCCAAGUAUCAUCAAGGGAAGCUGCAUCUCAAUGGGCAUGUGCUGUUCAUAAUAUUGUUAACAAAAGUUUAAUAAAAUUAUUUGUUCAUGAUUGA